UCAAACAAAUAGGUUAUGUUCCACGGAGUGUAAGUUUGGCCAGAGGAAAGGAGGAUGAAGAAAAUUCUUGUCCUAAGAAAACUUUUAUUGCCAUCACUCAUCCGAUUUCGCUCUCGAAAGAGAGAGUAUGCAAAUGAGGCAAAUAUAAAAUUACCAUAUGCACAAGGGGGACGCGAAAUAUUUCUGGAGUUUCCUUAACUGAUUUGAAGUGUGGUGCAAAAUUUGAAUUUUGAACAAGGAGAGAAAAUUCAUUUAAUCAGAGGCUGGGGAGAGAAAGAUGGCAGUCAGUGAAGGGUAAUUGUGUACUCGCUAGACGACUCUAAAACAGAUUACAAAGAACAUUUGGCGGAUUUGAAUCAGAAGCCACAUUCCUCUCCCACCCCACCUCCUCUCCUCAUCUCUUCACAGCCUCUUCCGUUUACCCUCAAGUGUAGUUUCGGUAUGACUAGGGAAUGGACACUAAAAAUAUUUCUGGAAUGACGUGACCCUCUGUCUCCCCAUCCAGGAAAGCGACAAGGCUGCUGCACAAGACACAUGCUUUCCCUUCAUUUCUGGCAGACCCGACGUCGACCUACAGAUGCUGCUUCUUCGCUGGCUGAUGGCAUUCAGACCACCAACCACGGACGGUGCCAGACAAGCGACUGGACGGGACAGCUCCUCCGCAGCAGGACACUGGCCACAGUCGCGGCCAGAGCCCCAGCCCCCUGGCUACAGACCACCUCUGCUGCCGCUCUUGGGAGCCCUCCCACCCCACUCUGGCUCGCCGAGGCCCCACCGCAGGGGCUGAAGCACUGGGCGGUGGUGGUGGCAGCUGUAGCAAGGGUACCUACAGCCUUGGGGCCAGCCCAGGCACGUGGGAAACUGUUCCGGGCCACUCUGCGGCCCCUCCAGGACCAGAGGGGGACCCAGGACAGCCCCAGAGCUCACCACUGCCUCUUCUUGUCACUGGAACCUGGACAAGGGCUCAGAAUGGAAGGCGGUGCUUCGGACAUGAACUCUCAGACCAGCCUGACGCCUGCGGAGGACCCGGUGAGCCGAGAGCAAGACAGCCAGGAGCCCAGGCAGCAGCUGCGGCCGCUUCCUGAGCCUUCAGACUCUACCCAGGCUGAAGCCAAGUAUGUGGAGAUGUGUGCUUCAACUGGAGUCCGAAAGGAGAGCCCCCAGACUACGAAACUGCUACUGGAACACUGUCCUAGGGAGCAGGCCUCCGAGAGCCCAAAGACAAAAGCCCAGGAUGAACCCGGCAGCCAUGCCAGCGAGGCUUCGACCCCCAAGAAGAGUCCUGCUUCCCCCCAGUGCCCCAGCUCCUGGGCUGGCAAGAAAGACUUCUCAUCUUCCUCCUCCUCCUCCUCCUCCUCCUCCCCGGUGGACAGAGCAGAAGACGAUGGCAUUUCCAAAAUGGAUGAUCCCACCAAGUUAUUGGGGGUCCUGGCCACCUCCUCUUCAUCCUUGGGCUUUGAGAGUGAGCCGGAAAUGGGCUGCCAACAGCAAAACCGAGAAGAAGCAGGGGAAGGCGCAGGAGCAAGGGAGGGUAGAGGAGGAGGGGCCAGUGAUGGAACAGAGUGCAAGGACAUCAUUGCCAAGUCCCAGGGCAAGAGGGACCCCCCGAAAAAUGAGGAAGCACACUACAUCACCACCCAUGAGAUCCAGCUGAGUGAGGUAGAACAGGGCAUGGAUUUCGAUGUGGGGCUGGCUUCUCGCUGGGACUUCGAGGACAACAACGUGAUCUACUCGUUCGCGGACUAUGCUUCCUUUGGUGGCAGUGAUGAGACCCCAGGAGACGUCACCACCGAAGAGGACGAUGACAACAGCUGUUACGUCAGCACCCCUCCGAGCACCAACACCACUCGGACUCCCAGCCCCAUCAGCAGUGACCUGGCUCGCCCUAGUGCGGCGGGCGGCAGUGGUCGUGACACCAGCAGCACAGAAGUGGGCAGUGGCCCCUCCGACAGCGACACUACUCCCCCACCCACUGGACCUGGCACGGCCACGCCACCUGAGCCUGUCCGGGAGCUCCGGGAGGCAGCCUUAGGAGCACCGGCCACUGCUGCAAGCAGCUGUGGGAGUACAGCAAGCCAGAUCCUCCUAUCAAUCAAGCCAACUUCCCGGGCUAUAAAUGAGCCUAGCAACGUGCGGGCAAAGCAAAACAUUAUUUAUGCUGCCAAGCAUGAAGGCGACAUGAGCCUCCGAGUCUCUACAGCUGCUGAACGCAAUUCAAGUUCACAGAAGCAAGAUUCGGCCGCAGCCGUGGCUCAGGACCAUGCAAAGAAAUUCAUCGCAGUCCCUGCUCGCCUGCAAACCAGGUGCGGGGCCAUCCGGGCAAAGGAGCUGGUGGAUUACUCCAGCGGAGCCUCCAGUGCAGUGAGUGAGCUGGACGAUGCCGACAAAGAGGUGAGAAACCUAACUUCCAGGGCCUUCCGGAGCCUCGCUUACCCCUAUUUUGAAGCUCUGAACAUCAGCUCCCGAGAAUCCUCCACCACACUCUCUGAAGUGGGGUUUGGACGAUGGUCAACCUUCCUGGACUUAAAAUGUGGCGGUGUCGGGGCCAGAGUGGAGCAGAGCCUGCUGAGGAGCAGUGCGGCCUCCGUGGCUGCAGGUCUGAGGAAGGGCGGUGGCACCCGAGCCGCUGCGGACCAGCUCUACCUCCAGGCCAAGAAGUCCCAGACCAAGGCCUUAGAGUUUGUGGUCAGCAAAGUUGAGGGAGAAAUCAAACAUGUGGAGACCCCCCUGUGCUUCCAGAAACAGGUCCAAACUGGCUCCCGGGUCGUCACCCUUCUGGAGCCCCUCAAUCUACGAAGUGAGAGUAAAGCCAGCAAAGCCAGCUCAGCCACCGGGCCCAGCAGAGUCACCAAGGGGUCCAGCAAAGGCCCGGGGUCUGUGUACACGGAUGAUGGGUCAGAGGCGUCCGAGGGUAGCAAGCCUGCCUCCCGCAGUGACGGCCCCCAGAAGAAGUCCAAGUUUGCUUCGAGUCUGCUCAAAAACGUCAUUUCCAAGAAGAUGCAGCGAGAACAUGAGUUCAAGAUGGAGAGGGGAGAAGUCUCUGACACGUCUCACUGUAGCGCCCCCAGCACCUCUAAGGAGGCAGAGGGCGCUCCUGGGGCCGAGAAGCCGUGGGAGAGGGGUCUGCAGAGGCAGAGCUCGCGCCACUCAGAGGCUAGUUCUGAGUACACCGUGGUCAGUGUGUCUGAUGCAGCGGAAGGGUCUGUCGUAGGUUCUAAAUCCCCCGUUUUCAAAGCCAGUACUCCUCGAGAGAGCGGCAGCACAGGCCCCGGCCGAAAUUUCUCUGAUGGACACACGGAAGUGUGUGAAAUUAAAAAGAGUGCUUCAGAGACUGUGAAGGGCAUCUUCCUUCGGAGUCAGAACAGCGCCUUCCGGACAUGGAAGGAGAAAGAGGCGGAGAAGCUGGAGGAGAAAGCUCCCAUCGGAAAACUGAAGCUCCCCAAAGGUGGGGACUGGAGAGCUGAUCUUGGGGAGAUCUCUGCCAGCAAGUCCACCAUCAUGUCUCGCCUCUUUGUUCCCAACAUCCAGCAGACACCCAAGGACAAACAGCCGGAGAAGCAGGCCAUCAAGUACCCCGCGGCUGCCCAGGCUACCUCCAUGGCAGUGGUCAGGCCCAAGGCACCUGAAAUCAAGAUCCGCCUAGGAAGUGUACAACAGCCAAGCUCAGAUUUCAACAUUGCCAAGUUGCUCACGCCCAAACUGGCUAGUGGCAGCAACUCAAACCUCUUCAAGACCAUUGAGGACAACAGCAGGACCCAGCAGAAACUCUUCCGUGGUGGGGACAAUCUGGAAAAAGUGCCCCAGUUCCAGGUGAGAGAUGUUAGAGACAAGUCCAAGGCCCCAGGACCUCUCCACCAGGUGAGGGAUGUCAGGAAACUGAUCAAAGGGUCAGGGGACAGCAGCGACAAGGGCAGUGUCACCCCAGAGCAGGGGUUGACAGGGCCUAAGCCUAGGCAGCUGACCGCUGCCACGGGAGGAUCUAGGUCCUUGUCCCCUAUGGUGAUUAUGUGCCAGGCGGUUGUGAAUCCAAGAGAAGACAGUGUGGAUCGAGAGCCCAGGGAAGGUGCAGGAAAAGUGGGCAAUGGCAGCAGAGUCUUGAGCUCCUCCCCAGAAGGGACUGUCUUGGUUCACAGGGCAUCUGGCAGGCUGCCUGUGGCCACCAUUGCCCCCAAUAAAUCUGAACAGGGCUCUUACCUGCCUGUGCUUAAGAUUGUCUCCAAGGCGUCUGCUCAGAGGACCCCAGAGAAAGCCAAAGAGGACGACAUUAAGGAGGAAGGGAAAGCGCCGAAGCCAGCCCGGAAUGCCUUGGAGAAGCUCACAGCGGCGGUGAGGUCCAUGGAAGAGCUAUAUAGCUUCAACAGAAAUGAAUGGAAGCGCAAAAGCGACCCUUUGCCCAUGAUGGCCGACAGCCAUGUCCUGUCACUCAUCGCCAGUGAGGAGAGGGAAGGGGUCGAGGGAGCUGAAGGAGACCCAGACAAGCCGGCCAAGCAGUUGGGGCAGAUGGAAGAACGGGACACGGGACACAAAGGCGGUGUGGUCCUGAGAGGGGCCCCCAUGGAGCGUCUGCAGAGGAGGAACUCGAACCCCAGCACCGAGAGUGUGUCUGCCCGGGCAGCUGCCUUCGAGAACAUGGCCAAAGAAAGGCCCAGGUCUCUCUAUAUCCCCCCAGUCCACAAGGAUGCGGAAAGAACCCAACCUCUGCAGCCCCUCCCCCCGCUCCCCAGCAGCCGGAAUGUGUUCACAGUGAGUGCCAGCAGCACUCAGAAAACUGGGGGUGUGGCCGGCAAAUUCCCACAAGGGCCUUCUCCAGAGAGCCUUUCACCAGCCAAGGGCAUCAGAUCGCAGGGACUCAGAUCCCUCAAGAUCUCCCCAGCCACCCGAGCGCCUCCUGAUGAGGCCACCAGCAGGAAAACUGCUGCCAGCCUGGAGAAGAGCAACAGUGACUGUGAGAAUUACCUGACCAUCCCCCUCAAGGGCAGCUCUGCCGCAGGGGAGUUGCUUGGCAGGCCUGGGGCUUCCAGAGAAGGGCCUGCCAGCUCCUCAGCGGCCACUCUUUGCAGCUUGCCUCCACUGAGUGCCCGCAGUCAGGUCCCCAGUAACUCCAAAGGCUCUCACGUCAGUGGAACCAGCAGGCCAGCCUGGCGUACCAAACCUGACAACCACCGAGAAGCAGUCGCUGCCCCGCCAGGGCCUCAGAGCCCCGAGCAUACUCCCACAGCUGUCUACCACCAGCAGGCAUUGCCCUUCACUCUCCAGGGGGCCCAGCCUCAGGUCCUCUGUUUCUCCCCUCCUGGAAUGCCAGCCCCAGCCCCUGCAGGCCCGGCCGCAGUCCCCACAGACCCCUUUCAGCAGCCACAGCCUCAGCAGACACAGCGCAAGAUGCUCCUCGACGUGACCACUGGCCAGUAUUAUCUGGUGGACACGCCCGUUCAACCUAUGACCCGGAGAUUGUUUGACCCCGAGACAGGGCAAUAUGUCGACGUGCCCAUGACCUCCCAGCAACAACCGGUGGCACCCAUGUCCCUUCCGGUGCCUCCUCUGGCCCUGAGUCCCGGGGCCUACGGGCCCACCUAUAUGAUCUAUCCCGGAUUCCUGCCCACGGUGCUGCCCCCCAGUGCCCUGCAGGCCACACCUAUUGCUCACACUGCGGGAGGCAGUGAGCUCUCGGUGGCAGCAGAGACCCCCAACAAAGAGACAGCUGCGGCGGCGUUCACUGAAGCCCCAUACUUCAUGGCCUCCGGUCAGUCCCCUGCCUCCUCUUCCUCCUCAGCCCCCGCAGCCACAUCGCAGCUCGUGGGGGCCAAGGGCUUCGCCCAGCUGCACGGCAAGCCCGUCAUCAGCAUCACCUCACAGCCCUUGGGGCCACGGAUCAUCGCUCCCCCUUCCUUUGAUGGCACCACCAUGAGCUUUGUGGUGGAACACAGAUGACCGGAGUCACAGGAAGGCCGUUGGGACAGCCCCUGGAGCAAGACAGAAAUAAGGCCUGUUCUUCAAUCUGAAGGUUGCAUCGUAACACCUGAAUUCAUCUGAAGAACUUUCAGUUGUGUUACAAACUUUUAUUUCUUAUGAACCAUGUGUGUAAGCUUGUAUAUUUUCCUGAACAACUGCCUUAAGGUAGUUUUUGUUAUUUCGGUUUUGCUAAGAUGACUGAAUGGUUGUGUUUCUCCCCGUGAAGUAUUUCUUUUUAUACUUUAAUACAGGAUGUAAGCUUUCUUACCGCUGCCUUCUCUUCUGCACUUGUGGCCAGGGAAACCGUACACUGAGUGUUUAAAUGGUUCAUUCAAAACAAGCCAUAGAAUCUCAUUGGUUCUAUUGUAAACCCAAUCAGCAUAUUGAUAAUAGGAUCACAAAUCACCUUGGAGUUCCUUGGACUGUAUCUGCGGCUCUCAAGAGUCCAACCUUUGUUGUAAGUGUGCAGCAUACACACCCCGCCCCCUUUAAUGAUUCCCUUCAUGGACUGCCUCCUACCUCUCCAUCUGCAGCCUGAAGUUUGGGGGCAGUAGAAUUGGCAGUGAACUUUGCUCCAGUGGCUCUGACUCCCUCGGCCCUGGCCAUCCCAAAGUAGAAACUCUGUAACCACAGUGCCUACUUCCUGCUUCAGGUUUUAACAGAUAUUAAGAUUCCAAACCUUGGGAUAUUUUACUGACCAGUUGUAACCGAAUUCUGACUGAAGGGAUCCAUUCAGCUUGUCCUAAUCGGUGUCUCAAUUAAGUGAUACACAGAAGAAUUUCUUAGUUACUCUCUAACUGAACAUGCUUUUAAAACCCAUGCAUUAUCUCAGGACUUCCAUAAGGAAUCUCUGUUCAGUUACUCAUUUGUUUAAAGACAAAACAUUCUGGUAAAUUCUUUAAAUAAUCAUUUUCAUUUUGGUGAUCAUCAAUAUUUGGUUUCUACUUAAAAGUGUUUCUUAAAGUAAAGGAUUUUAUGGGGCCUUAAAAUACUGAAUUUUCUAAGGGUUUUACAAUUUUAUUACUUUUUAAUUGUGUUGUGUUUUUUAAAAUCCAGACUAACAAACAAAUUCAAUGUUACUUCCAGGGCCUCCCUUACCAGGGAAAAACAAGUUCUAAAAAUUAAGUUCUUUUACAUAAAGAGCAAUAUUUGAAGCAGAAAUAGUGGCUUUAGCCUCUCAGCCACUGGCCUACAAGCUGUGAAAUAAAGUUUUGUCUCCGAGGCAUGUGCUAUGAAGCAGGAUUUCUGGUGUGGAAGAUGUCUUUGGGCCAUAUUUAGGAAAAGUGAUAUUUCCUAGAAGAUUUACCCCAGAACUUUAGCAUUUUCCAGGCAAACUGGCCACGUAUAAGGUCACUUAAUAUUGGAGCAAAAAACUAGAACCUAUUUCUUUCAAAGAUCUCAAACCUGUAGCCCUAAAGCAGCGAUGUGAACUCUCAAGGAUUUGAAUGAAAAGAAUGGACUACACAGGGUUUACAUGGGCAGAACCCACGCCAGGAAGGAGUCUUCUGUCCCAGGAGACUUGCAGGAAAGCUCCAUGGGUUUGCUAGCCACCACCUACAAAGAGAGACUCCUCCUCAAGAAAAUGUGCCAGUCCAGAGACUGCGAGCCCAUGGGCUACUAUCAAUAUUUAUCACCAGCAGAGCUGAGCCUUCCAUUCUCACAGAGGAGGAGAGAAACUGAGGGGGCGGGACAAAGAAAAUUUUAUUUGUUGCGUCUAUGGAAAAGGCUGCGCCCUCCCACACGUUUCCAAGGAUGUGGGAAGAGUCCAAGUAGUUAAAAUACAAUUACAAGCUCGUGUUUGUGCCUCUUCUACCAGCUAUUGGUCAUCUCACAGCUGGAUCAUCAUCUGCUGGGCCGUUUCCUACCUCAAGUGACAAAGAAGGAAAAUUCUCACAGGCACACAUCCCAAUCUCUGGGUCUUUUGUUUUGUCAUUUCUGGAGCUUGCAUGGACAUUUGAAUGAAGUGGCUUUUCCUUCUUCUUUCAACCAGUGUGGGAUGAACCAAGAAUCUAGAAAGCCUUCUACCGCAAGAAGUAAUAACUCUCAACAGUGUCUCUUUUCACUACUGAACUACCCAACCUAUUUUAUAUCGUAAAACCAUUAAUUAAAAAAAGUACCCUAAAUAGAGCUAUGAGCUUGAAUUUAAACAGAAUGUGCCCUGGCCUUUGUAAUUUUUUUUCUCAAGGUUAUGUGUGAGGCUCAGUUUCCAGAAUGAUCAUGAGGAACUCUGUGAUGGGAUUUCAAUCCGUUGAUCCUUUUUCCCUGUUGGUAAUGGGGUCAUGUUGAAACAGGCCUCAUUGGACCUGCUUCUUGAAAACCAAACACAUUUGUAGCCAGUAUGAAAAUUCAGUUGCCCAGAAUGUAUUUCUUUGAACACUUAUUGAAACUACCCUCCGGAGUAAAUGAAGCCCAGGAUAAAGCAUCUGUGUACAUGUGAUCAUCCCUGACUAGUUGAGCCAAAAAUGAAUUAUACUUUGACAACUUUAUGAUACAUUUCAAAAAUUAGCACACAUUUCAAAUUAAUCUUAUAUAACUAGAAAAAUGUCUAGUGACACAAAUAUAUUUUUCUCUAUUCAUAUUUGACCUUUUCACUCUUGAUUCUUAAAAAGAUUCAAUGUCCUCUGAUACUCUUUGUCUACUGUAGAAACAAUGACCUGUAUUUGCUACAAACCAAAUGAUCCUAUCCCCUGAACUCUAUCUAGCUUGGCCUGAAGGACAGAAUUGAUUCCUAAGUAAAUGGCUAUACUUCCACAAUGAGUGAGUGCAGUGUUGGUUUCUAAGUAGAUGACUAUAAUCUCAUGAUAAGUGUGUAUAUGUGCAUAGGAAACACAUUCAUCGAUAUUCUUUGUAUUUAAGACUAUCAUGGUAUACAUUUUCUUAUGUGGUGCUUGAGGAGUUUCAUUCUACAGUUUACAAGGUGUAAUAUUUGCACCCUAAAAUCUCAGGGUAUGCUAUUUUACCCAGAUACUUGAAAGAAAAAGGUGCCCUGUAUUUCAUCAGUACUGUUGAUGGGGGAAAAUUACAUGUAAGUUUGUUUGAGAAAACUGCUCAUAAAAUCAAAUCGAUAAGCUGUUAGGCUUUUACAUAAUUUCUAAGGAGAUGUAUACAUAAGUAAUAUAUAUUGUCAAGAGACUGCUUAUAUAGUCUUUAAUUUCUGGGUCUGAGGUAGGCCUCACAAGUCCAUAAAUUCACAAAGAAAGCAUGUAGCCUUUGCUCAGUAGUGCCUUGAACUUGAAUCGAACUGGAAUCACACUCCAUUUGUGUGUGACAUGUGUGCACACGAGACCCAGAAGGAGGAUUCUAAAAUGGGGGCUCCUGUGUAUGCCCCGUGUCUCUGAAGAGAACUGAACAUUCACUUCAACACUUGUGAGCUAUUAACACACUCAGCAUUUCAUGUUGCAAGUGUAUUAUUGGAUUUAUUCCUGUCUAAUUCAAAAUGGUGCAGAAUAAAAUAUACACAGCUAAUUUAGUUUUUCUUUAAGUUUCUGAAUUGCUUUUUUCAAGGUAGUGUUAGUGGCAACAAGUCCUUCCAGGGUUCCCUGAGUUUCCCACUAUGCCUGUAUCUGUUUUCUGGCAGAUGAUCUCUUCCCACCCGACCCGUUUUGAAGAGAUGUGUUUAUGUAUUUACAUAUAAAUUUUAAUCUUGUAUAGUGAUGACAGUGGUGGUGGAAGAGAAUGUGAAGACUGUGGAAGUUAUGUAUGAAUAGAAGAGUGUAUAUUGUAUAAUGCAUAAAGAAGGACAUUGGAGAAUGUUGAACUAUAUACCCCAGACUAUGAAUGACGGUAUGCGGAAAGAAUGUGAAAAUUUUAAAUUCAUUAAUGUAAUCUUGGUGGAGAAGUUCCUGGCUGAGGUUUGAUGUGAUUCUAUGGUACAAUGCUGUGAGCCUGGCUAAGGGAACUUUGAAUCCAGCCAACAGCUCCAAGAUUUGCCUUUCAAGUGCUCUUGCCUGUGUAGAAGACUACUGAGAUGAGAUUUUGCGAGAAAAGCCUACUUACCUUUAACUGACAGCAUUUAUAAAUGAUGGUGCAAUCUUGUGUACUGGUUUUUUUUUUUUAUUUUGACAGCUUUGAAAAAGAUGUUUGUUGUUGUUGUUGUUUUCCAGUAAAAGUAACUAUAAAGAAAGCA